AUGUUGGGCCGGUUGUUAAGUACAGCUGCCUCCACGUUCAGUCCGGCGACUUAUUCUGCAAAGAAUGCACACCAACUUGAAUCCGUAACUGAAGAAGAACAUACGUCGGGUCUACUGUUCCCAGAUGCGAGCCUUCUUCGACAUUCGAGUACCCAUGCCUACCCUCUCCACACAACCGUUAGUUCCCCGAAUGCCUCUACGGCGGGUGCUUAUGAUGAUCGAGGCGUCGGAGUGGACUUGGACCCCAUCAAGGAUUUUCGUGUGAUCAUUGCUCAGAAUGCAUUGGGAGACAAGGAUGCUUGUGUUUUAUUGGAUACCCGCGCAGCGGACCCGGCUUCUCAUGGGCUGGGAAUAGAGUCUCAGGCGCUGGAUGGAUCGAACGCACGACAUGCACGCACGGUCUCGACUAUUUCCAGAGGGGCUCGUCGAGGAUAUUUACCUCAGUCUUCGGCGGCAGAACCAGGCCCUUUUUCGAUUGCUGCGGAAGCUCGUCGGUCUCCUCCCGUUUCGUCUGGUGCCUUUUUGCGAGCUCGUGGCCGUAGCUCUACCCUGGCUCCUGGUGGAGGUUUUUAUGAUGCCGGCCACUCACGCCACUCGGCAGACUCGAAUGAUUCUAGUCUACUAAACUGUAUAUUUGGCAGCAGUGCUUUCAGCUACCGAGGCUCGUCAACAAAAAUGCAUAUAAUUUCCGCCGAUGAGGAGCCUGAUAAGACUUCGGGCACAAACACGACGUCCCGCCAUCAUUUCGCUCGAGCACACACUACUGGAAGCUCUUCAGGGUUUACACAUUCCAGCCAGUCGAGCGAUAGCAAACCGCCAUCGAAAGUGACUAUUCUCAUAACUAGGAUGUUCAGCGUCAACCUACCAGAGACAGGCGAAACCUCCCCAGGCAGACCAGAUAUCUCCUCGUCAGUAUAUCAAGAAUCGCCUCCUGAAUCGGGCUUCCCCUUCCCCGAUGUCACAAAGCGCAAAAAGAUCAAAGAGAAGAAGACCCCAAUGUAUGCUGUGGCGAUCACUAUUCAGAUUCCGCUCCUGGGCCGUAAUGCUGGAAGGCCCGUUUCUCGGUUCAGUACCCAAAGUCCGGAUUCCCCAAAGCCUGGAAUUUCCUGUUCGUUGGACUCGGCCUAUCGUUGGCGCCCUGGAUUCCUCGACGAUAGUUUGCCGAUGGCAUCUCCACCGGCUAGUUUGGAUGAACGCAUUGAUUUACUCGUGGAUCAGUGGGAUGUUAUCAACCGUGCUGUUUCUCACUUGGAGAGACUUUCUCGCAAGGAAAUUCUUUUCCUCUUGAAGAGAGUGGAUUCGUCGUCGGGAGUGCAUCCGAAGCCCGUAAAGGCCCCAAAUAUGCAGCGUACGAACCAAACUAUUAUUCAUUUACCGGCCAACAUCCUGGCUGUGAACUCGAAACUGAAAGAGGAGGCUGUUCGGAGUACCCGCCGAAUCAGCACUGCCCUUCAAACUCCGCACGUGGUGACGGGACAGAGUCGCUGGGGUGUUUGGCGUGAAGAAGGACGUUCGAUUGUUCGCGGUCUUGGGGACAAAGAGCACAGUUUCUUUUUCCUGGUCCUCAUUACGGCGUUUUUGGGGAACCACACCGAAUGGCUUAAUACACUGGGCCCAGACUGGUACCGUCGCCGGCACUAUCUUCAACAGAAAGCCCAGCAGCAGGAGUUGGACCCGAUCCUCGCAAACCGCACAGUGAUCAUUUCUCCGGACAAGAUGACGGCCCGCCGUCUCAUUUUCUUGCUUUCAGCCUUUCUUCCUCCCAAACAGCGCUUCGAGCCGCUUCCUUCCCCCAUCCGGCCAGGUACCUCGGCAUCCGCACGCGCUAUCUCUCAAAGUCCACCUUUUAUGCCCAUCACGAGGCAAAGUUCACUUCGAAGAACUAUCGAACGCCGGUCUCGUGCGCAGCGUCUCAACCUAUCUGACCGAGAACAACACCAUCGGUCUGUGAGCGUUUCGUCCUCUGAGACUGCACACCGUUCGGCGGACGAUGCCGACUCCACAGUGCCGAUUGACGCUAGCUCUCGUCGCAGAGGGUCUGAUGCGCGCUCCAUCCGCACCAUAGGUGUCCCCAUGCAUGUGAAGGAUGUGCGUAUGAAUAAGAACACUGGCUUAGCUACGACCUCCACCGCCACCCCGAGCACUACUGUUCCGGUCCCCCAUUUUGCUUCGCAGAGUCAAGCAGAACGCGAGAGGUUGGAUCGCACCGUGGCCGACGGAAGUGAUAGUUUAGCAUCCGAGAAUCUGUUGAAGAAUCUGCAGAGGAGUGAGAGUUCUGCAAUUAAUACCGACGGUAGUGUUCCAUCUAUUGGUGGCCGAUGGGGUACCUUGCUCUCCGGUUUGUGGCCCUCUCGCCAGCUCUCUGCUAUGGACAGCGGUUCAGUCUCACAAAUCGAGGCCCGAAGACGCUCCAUCUCUGUCCAUACCGCUCCUCCAAAGCGGCCCCACCGUACUCUGUCCCAAAUGGUCAAGGAAGUGUCCCCAGAACACAAAUAUGAUAUUCCCGAGGUGUCUGCGAGUGGCAAUAUCUCGAUUCCUCACUCUUCUAACGCUCAAAGCCUUGGAGAGGACGCUCCAGACUUUUCAUCUACGAUCGAGCACGCUAGAGAAUCCUUUCUAAAACUGUCUGUCCGCGGGGACGACGGAAUCGUAGAUGUCGAUCUCCCGCUGCCUGGAUUUGUUUCUCUUUCUUCGUCCGGAGAUUCCACUGUAUCUUCCCCAAAGAAAACGCGGACAUCGGUAACCAGCGUGGAUGCUCUGGCAUCGACACAUAGCAGCGGUUCCGGAUUCCACGCCCCGCUUAGGGACAGCGAAGGGCCUAACGUGAAUGUUGCUGGCUGGUUGAAGAGCUUCCAUGAGGACUUCUUGCUUCAAGCGGUCCGACCAUAUCCCAGCUUGGAGGCUGACAUCAAGCGUACAAUGAAAUCCGAACCUACACCAACUUCAGCCUUUGGUGACGUUGAUGGAUCGGAAAAGUGGGUUGACGUUGCGACAACAUUGAUUGCAGAUGUUAGGACUUUCACGGUUAAGCGACUACGUCUGAGACGCAAAGUUGUGGGAAGUGCUUACUGGCGGAGUGCAAAUUCACUCCCAGUGCCCUCGCAGCCAAGCACCCCUAGGCACAUCUCAGUGGGCUCGACGUCUGCAUCGCAGCUCACGAAUUCCUUUUCACCUGCGACAGGCUCUAGUAGAGCAUCUCCGCAUUCAUUUAUGGAUGUGUACGAGCCCAGUGAGGUUGAAGAGGUUUUCGUUGAGGAGCCAGUCAUGGACCUAGAUGGCACCUUGGUUGAUGCAUUGGAACGAGUCCUUGCCCAAAGUGGUCCUUCUUCGCUGGCACAUUCCCGUGCUCCAUCGCCAUCCCGGGCUCGCAAGGGAGAGGAUAAGCCAACCGCAGAGGCUACAACUCGCGAUGAAGUACCUCCUUUGGAGGUGCCCCGUACAGAAUGUCGCAAGCUAGUACUGGGAGCUCUGGAGGAGGUUGUCCGCAGCGUGACUGCAGAACACUGUCGAGAGGAUGUUGAUGGAGAACUCGGUCUAGCUGAUCGAGAGCGCAAGCGCUCGUUGGCUGGGCCUGACAAUACAUUGAGAGAGGGAGUCCGUAAAUGGCUUCUUGAUGUUGAAGAGGCUUGGUAA